GUGGCGAUUACUGGUGAAAAAGAGAAGAGCUUUGACUCUUCUCUAUUGGUCAAAUCUGACGUGACGACAGUAUUUAUAUGCGUUAUUGUGUGAAAAAAGUUUCGACCUUUGACUUGAGAAGUUACGUUAGGGAGAGAGAGAUGCGUAGAUCAGCAAGUGGCUCAAGAGUUUCGGAUCAGUUUCCGGCGAAUCUUUCAACGCCGUCACUGUCUCCGCCUCGAUCUCAGAGCGUUACAGCUAUGGAAGAUGAUGUGGAGCUGCUUUUGCCAAGGUACGACCCGAAUUCUCAACCGGGGAAGAGAGAGAAGUCCCGAUUCAGAUCUGCAGAAAACGUCAUCCAUUUCAUUCCUCUCAUUCUUCUUCUCUGCGGCGUAAUCCUCUGGCUCUUCUCUCAUUCAGGAAUUACCAAAGACCUUGCUGGAUAUGAGCAUUGAGUUGUCUCUGCAAUGUUAGAAUCUUGUGUUCAAUUGCGGUUUCGAUUUGCUCAAGUAAUAGUCACAAUACUAAACCGGAGAUGGAUUUGGAAUUUGUCAGCAGCGUUAAGAAGCUGAGUUCAAGAAGCAAAAUGUUGGCUCCAAUGAGAAGGGAACACAUUUGCGGGUUGAAUCAGUUUUGGGGAAAGGAAACAACUUUUCACUACCAAGAAGACUCCAAUGAUUUGGUGCCGCAAGCAAACUCUUUGUUGUGUUGUCGAGACAAUUCUUUCUUUUUAUACCUCGUAUACUGUAUUUUGUUUUUUUUUUUCAUUACACGCAGUCACACACAUUCA